CAAAAACUGUAGAAGAUAUUUGAAGACCACAUCUAAUAAAGUAAUUUGUUUCUAUAGGAUAGAACUCAGGAGUCAGGCGAACGCAGUGAUCAAAGCUUUAACUUUCUUUCGGACCUACCUCCAUUUCACCAAUUUCUGCAAAAAUCUCCGAUGGGGAUUGAUUCCGAAACUGCCCUUCUUCUCCUGCCCAGUUCAGGGAAAAUUCCAAGAGAUCCGUUAAACUUGGGUUACAUAACAUACUUUGUUUUAGGGGCCGGGUGUCUCCUGCCAUGGACAACCUUCAUAACGGCCAUUGAUUACUUCUCCCACAUCUACCCCCAAACCCACAUCAACAGAAUCUUCGCCACUGCUUACUUCCUCGUCGCCUUCACCGGCCUUCUUCUGGUAGUUUUUUUCGGCCGGAGAUGCGGGGUUCGGGUCCGAAUCAACGUGGGCUUGGCCCUCUACGUGCUGGCCUUGCUGGCGGUGCCUCUCCUAGAAGCUUUCUACAUUAGGGCUCGGGUCGGACUCUUCAACGGCUUCUACGUCACCGUCGGAGCCGUCGUGCUGUGCGGCGUCGCCGAUGCGCUCGUCCAGAGCGGCGUCGUUGGCUCCGCCGGCGAACUCCCGGAGAGAUACAUGCAAGCUGUUGUCUCCGGGAUUUCUGGUUCUGGCGUGAUGGUGUCGGUGCUGAGGAUGUUAACAAAGGCCAUAUACCCACGAGACUCUGAUGGGUUGCGUAAAAGCGCAAUCCUCUACUUUUCAGUGGGAAUCUCUAUUAUAAUUGUGUGUGUUAUAUUGUACAAUGCAGCAGCAAAGCUUCCCGUUGUGAAGCAUCACCUGAAUUUGAAGAAUGAGGAGAAAGAGAAAAAAGGUUCUCUAUUUGGGUCCAUAAGCAGAUCGAGUUUUUGGGGAAUAUUAAGCGCUGUCAAACUAUAUGCAUUUGGAGUAGUAAUCAUCUUCGUGGUAUCUUUAUCGAUAUUUCCAGGGUACGUUACAGAGGAUGUUCAUUCGGAGAUUUUGAAGGACUGGUAUCCCAUUACUCUGAUUUUUGGGUAKUAUGUGUCUAAUCUAAUUGGGAAGUAUUUUGCUUCAGUUUAUAUGAUAAAGAACCCCAAGAUUACAGUGGGGAGCAGUGUGGGGAGGGUGGUGUUUUACCCACUGUUUAUUGGUUGCUUAAAUGGGCCCCAAUUCCUUAGAACCGAAAUUCCUGUGGCACUCCUGACUUGCCUUCUCGGAUUUAGUGGUGGCUAUUUAGAUGCUGUUUGCAUGAUCUCUGCACCCAAAAUGGUGCCAUUUGAACAUGCAGAGGUCGCUGGGAUUUUAAUGGCUAUCUCCUUGGUUUUAGGUUUGGUUAUUGGCUCUGUUCUUGCUUGGUUCUGGGUCAUUUAACAUUCCUCCCUCUCUCCCGUUUUGGUCCAUGAACUAGAAAUUUAGAAUUAUGUCCAAUAAUGUCUAUCUAGAACCUUGCUUGACCUAUUAAAUACAAAAUUGAAAGAUAAAGGACAGAAUUCAACUUUGUAAAGGUCUACUCAACCUUUUUCUGAAAUUUAAGGACCAAUUAGAUACUUUUUGAAGUGCUAAGGACCUAUUAAAUAUAAAUAAAUUGUCAUUUUGUUAGAUGCAAGUGUAAGCUGUGUUGCUAAAUAAAUAUUAUCAAUAUUGGUAGUUGGAGGAACCAA